UGGUGAGCCAGUGGUUGAGGAACACAAGAGACCCCAAUGAUGUUUCACCUGAAGGAGAUGCUGUCUAAAUGUGGACUCUCAGCCUUCAGUGUUUCAGUUUUCCAUCAUGCUGUUGUCCUGCUUCUCCUGACAGACUGCUGUAAAGGUCAGUCUCAGGUAGUCGGUCCAUCUAAGCCAGUAAUAGUAACAGUUGGUGAUGACGUCAUUUUGCCAUGCAAUCUGAAGCCAGCUACGGAUGCUGUUAGUAUGACUUUGGAGUGGGCGAGACCUGACCUGAACCCCAGGUUUGUCCAUGUGUGGCAUGAAGGUAAAGACCUCCAGGAUAAUCAACAUCCAUCCUACAAAGGAAGAACAUCACUGUCCAUCGAGAGACUGAAACAUGGAGACGUUUCAUUAAAUAUCUCCAAAGUGAAUCUCUCUGAUAAUGGAAAAUACAGAUGCUACCUUCCAGAUCUGGAUAAAGACUCUUUUGUUCAGCUUGUUGUUGGGGCUGCUUCCUCGUCUGCCAUCAGCUUUGCGGGGAUCGACACAUCUGUCAGUGGAGUGGUGUUACAGUGUGAGUCUAAAGGUUGGCAUCCAGAGCCUGAGGUGAUCUGGCUGGACAGUGAAGGAAACCUCCUCUCUGCUGAACCCACAGAGACAGUCAGAGGUCCUGAUGGCCUCUAUACUGUCAGCAGCAGAGUGACUGUGGAGAAGAGGCAUAACAACAACUUUACCUGUAGAGUCCAACAGAACAACAUCAACCAGACAAGAGAGACAAACAUCAUUGUUCCAGGUGAUUUCUUCAUUGCUCCAAGUAAUUCUGCUGCUCGUAUCACUGUCAGCUUGGCUGCUUGCUUCUUGUGUGUUCUUGCAGUUGUCUUUGUUGUGUGGAAAUGGAGGCAAAAUGAAACCAAAAACAAGAUGAUCACACAAAGAGAAGGACAGCAGCUUAUAGGAUAUAUCAACAUGGUUGAUACACUGAAGGAACAGGAGCAGCAACUGAAGAACCAGAGAGAUGAACUCACAUCUCAUAAGAACAAGAUAGAGAAACUGGUGGAGGAGAAAGAAAAUCUGUUUAAUUCAGUGGAGAAAGAAAUAACAGAGAAGGAGGAUAAGAGUUUCAUUAGUGCACCAGAAUACUUGAAGCUAAAAGACAUAAUAUCAGGGUACAAAUGGAACCUAAAUGAAAGAGUGAAAGAACUUGAUAAACUUGAAAUGAACACAUAUGUCCCCUCCUCUUUGGAAGCUAAAUCAGGCCAAUCCAGUUUCGAUGUUUCCUCUUGUAUGCCGAUGGCUUUGGCUUGUGGCUUGGCUGGACUGGCUGUUGGCCUUGCGGUAACAACGCUGACUGGCAGAGGAAAAUCGAGUCUCUUCAAAGUACAAAAGAACGACGCAGAACGGGAUGGGAUCCGCUUGGUGGUUACCACCCUGAAGCAUCAGAAGAGGGAACCAGAGGACCAAAAAGAUCAACUCAAAGGGGAACUAGAGCAGGUAAAGGCAGAGUGA